CUGUGUUCUCUUCCAUUGUGCUCGCUCGUUGCACAGCGCGGCAUGUACGAUGUGGACAUGGACAGUUACGACGCCGACGACAACCUCUCUGGGCGCGACAUGGAGCUGAAGCGGACGCUUAGUGAGCACGAGGCCGUGGUCGAGCACCAGCUGAAGCGCCUCAAGAUCAACCACAAUCACGCGAGGAAUUCGUCGAGCCCAAUGCCAGUUGGGUCGGAUGAACCAGGCCGAGCCGAUCAAGGGUUCCAGCAUCAUUGCCGCGCGGCGUUGAAUGGUGCAGUGACCAAGUCUGCAAGGGAGUGCGACGUCGACUACGCAUAUGUGAACCAACUCCUCCGCGAAAUGCACUACCUCCGCGAACUGCGCAAACAGCGACAAGCUGCGUCGUCGCCUUCUUCGAGUCGCUCUCAUCUGUUGCAUCUCUAACUUAUAAAGCGUAUUGCCUUCAUCUCGACAA